AUGAUUAGAACAAUUAUAAGCUACCUCGCUUUGAUCGUAAUUGGCGUAGUAGGUACACUUAUGGUAUUAGUCGUUCUGACGAUGUGCCUUUGUAAAAAUCUUUCAUUUUGUCCUAUGAAUGCUGACAAAUCGACUUGCUCAACCGCGCAAGGAAUACAGCAGCGCUAUCGCCCUGUAGAUACCUUUUCCACAAAACAUGCUGCUUACGAAGCAUCAUUCAAGACGAAUGCCAAAGAGUAG